CAUAAAUGUGGGUUUGGGUUUGACAAAACCGGACCCAUCGCCAUCCCUACUCGCAUUCGCUAUCCAACUCCCAUUUUCCCAUCCACCAGAUCAUCUUCCAGUUCUUCACCCACAUUUUCCCCCUUCCUCCCGUCCGGAGAUUUCUCCCCAUGGCCGCCGCCGUUCUUGAAUCCGUCGUCGUCCCUCGCCCAAGACACUCCUCCUCCUGCCUCCAACCCGCCGCGGCUUCUUCCUUUCUAUCUCCGUGCCCCCGAUCCCUCCCUCUCCCUGCCGCCAGAGGUCUCAAGCUCGCCUCGCCGGCUCGUUCCUUCCGAUCCCUUACCCCUGUCCCUAUUCGUCGCUCCUCCAUCGUCUGCGAGGCCCAGCAGGACACCGCCACCGAAGUUCCGGCAGUUACAGACGGCGACUGGCAGUCUGUGGUCCUCGAGUCGGAAACCCCGGUCCUGGUGGAAUUCUGGGCGCCAUGGUGCGGCCCGUGCAGGAUGAUCCACCCCGUCAUCGACGAACUGGCCAAGCAGUACGCAGGGAAGCUGAAAUGCUACAAGCUCAACACCGACGAGAGCCCGUCGGUCGCGACGCAGUACGGCAUCCGGAGCAUCCCGACCGUGAUGAUCUUCAAGGACGGGGAUAAGAAAGAUGCUGUGAUUGGUGCUGUUCCCAAGUCCACCCUCACCAGCUCCAUAGAGAAGUUCUUGUAAAAAGAGAGGUUCCCCGGUAAGUGUUGGGGAGUGGAAAUGACAGUAAAUCUGCUACUAGUAGUUAGCUAUUUUGUGGGUAUUAAGUUUACAAGAACGUUGUUUAUGAAUCAGCCUGCAAUAAAGGUCCUUGCUUGCCCUUGUAUAGCAUGCCUCUCUGUAUGAUCCUGUUGCCCUUAUUAGAUAAUAUGUUUAACUUCCCACCAUUACUGUUAUUACCUACUAGAAUCACACUCUGUUCUUCUGUAGAUCGUUGGUGAGUGUUAUGAAUGUGAAUGAAGCUUCUCCAUUGCUCAUGUUGUAUAUCUUGUUGGUUGGUUAGGUCAGUUUCCUACUAGCAUAGUCUAUUGGGUAAGAGUAGUGGUGUUGUAUCCCUUUCUUGUUCCUUAGAUUUUUAGGGUUUGGCCUCUCCUCUCCCAGCAAUAUCUUGGCGCCUAAUUGCCUCUACGCACAGCCAAAAUACCCAACAUCCUUUCACAGGCUCUUGUUGAUCCUGGGAGAGGAUCCAAGCAGUGCAAGUAGAGAGUGAUGCCCUUAGUUGCCAAUAAUACAAUGGCAAGUGCAUU